AUGAAAUUAUUUCUGGUUUUCAUUCUUCUAUUCCUACUUGUGGCUGAAAUCUCGGCACAAGGAUUCCGAGGCUCUCAUCGAGGUGGAAUGAUGGGUGGACGUAGAGGACACGGUGGAAGGAUGGGUGGACACAGAGGAGGACCGGGUGGAAGAAUGCGUGGACACAGAGGAGGACACGGUGGAAGGAUGGGUGGACACAGAAGAGGACCUGGCGGUAGACACGGAGGCAGAUUCUGA